UCUGAUGACGUCAAAGACAUGAAGCCUCUGAAUGACCGGGUUCCCAUCAAGGUUGCUGAGGCUUCAGAUAAGACUGAAGCUGGUGUUAUCCUCACCGAGACAACCAAGGAGAAGCCAUCAAUUGGAACGGUCGUAGCUGUUGGUCCGGGCUCUCUAGACGAGGAAGGCAAGAGGCAUCCAUUGUUGGUGUCAGCAGGUAGCACCGUGCUGUACUCCAAGUACGCAGGCAGCGGGAUGAAGGGAGCUGAUGGCACGAACUACAUUGUGUUGAGAGUGUCAGAUUUGAUGGCUGAGCUCUCUUAAGUGUGUGGUUUACUUCUUUGUUUCAGUUUUGAGUUCAUGAUAGAGGCUAGCACGAGUGGUAAGAUUGCUAUGUGAUAACCACAUGAUGCU